CAGGAAAAAAGAGUUUUAUUGUCCAUGUUGACAAAGACAAGAUCCUGAUCCUUCUUGGCCAGGCAGGGCAGGGAACACACAGGCAGUGCCCUGUUCCUGCUGCCUGGGGGGAGCUCAGGCUGCUCCAGGAAGGUGGCUCUGAGCAGGCAAGGGACUCAGUGGCUAUCACUGUUUGCUUUUCAGCACAAUGCCUGUGGCCCAUCUGGAAAUUUCCAUGAGGCUGCACCGCUGGGGCACAGCUCGGAGGUUCCCCGGUUAUCGCUGCCUCUGCAUCAUUUCCGCCCCUGAAAACGUGACCUUACCUGAAAUAAAGAUAAAAAUAAAGAAGCUUCAAGGCACCUCUCCCGCCUGCCUCACACACACCACUGCUCUUGGCUUUUCCUCCCCACAAAUGGGCUCAAACGUCUGUUUCCUUGCAGGAAGCUGAGUGCAAUCUACAGGUGCCAGCCAGGUCGGCUCUGGAUCUCCUUCAGUCUCCUCGUCCUCCUCCUGGUCACACUUCAGGUUGUGGAGAAGCUGCAGCCUCUGGGGAGCUGCCAGUGUGAGCUGGAGCGGGGCCUGCAGCAGACCACGGGCCACAAGCUCGCCUCUGCCCUCCACAGCCCCGACCUGCUGUGGGAGGAUGACUCCCCUGAGGAGCAGAGGGAAGCUGAGCCAGCCCCUGCUGCGACCGAGGAUGUUUUCAGGAUGCAUCUGUACCUCAGGCAGGAGACCCCUCCGGGAAGCAGCCGAGAGGAGCGCUGGAUGCAGCAGCCUGAGGAGAGCAGCGAGAAGGUGGGAGCCCAUCUGUCACCCACGGAGCUGAAACCCCAGCUUCCUGGCCUGGAAAAUGCAGCCAGAGAAAGUCCUUCUCCAAGCCUUCCCGGGAGGGUCGCCGCAGAUUUGGCAGAAGCUGUCACCAGCAAGUUCAUCAUCUUUGCAAACAGGCUGAGCACGGAGGAGCAGAGAGGAAUGUCCCCACCUGGAAUGGUGCAGGUGGAGGUACAGAGCCAGACUCAGCCUCGAGCUGUGGGGUCUCCCCACCCUGAGUGGGGCACCUCAUUUACACAGCCCAUCCCAAACUCACCUCAACCUCUGCAGGCAGAGGACUCUUACAAAACGGACCUGGAGACAGGAUUUCUCCCAAGCUGGACAGAAGCCUUUAAGGCCAAGGAGGUUGCAGCUGGAGAGGGCCAGCAGGCCAGAGGAGUCACCUCUCCUCUGGGGAAGACGUGCAAGCCCAAGACGGACAUUGUGUUCCUGAAAGUCCACAAGAGCGCCAGCAGCACCGUCAUGAACAUCCUGUUCCGCUUCGGGGAGACGCACAACCUCACCUUCGCCUUCCCCCAGGGCGGGGGCUUCCAGCUCUACUACCCCCACCACUUCCUGGCCAAGUUCGUGCAGGGCUUCUCCCCUCUGAGCCCCCGGCGCUUCAACAUCCUCUGCCACCACAUGCGGUUCCUGCAGCCAGAGGUGCAGAAAGUGGUGCCCAGCUCCGCCGUCUACUUCUCCAUCCUGAGGAACCCCGUGCAGCUGAUGGAGUCCUCCUUUGUGUACUACAAGGGCGCGUCGGCCUUCUCGCGCGUCCGCAGCCUGGAGGAGUUCCUCAGCCAGCCCUGGCGCUACUACGACCCCGCCAGCGGCGACCGCCACUACGCCAGGAACCUCAUGACCUUCGACUUCGGCUUCAACCCCGACGGAGACGCGUCCCCCGAGCGGGUGCAGCUCAUGCUGAAGGCCAUCGAGGCGUCCUUCGACUUGCUGCUCAUCUCCGAGUACUUUGACGAGUCCAUGGUGCUGCUGAAGGAGACGCUGUGCUGGGACCUGGACAGCGUCGUCUCCUUCCCGCUCAACAUCAGGGACAGCAGCACCAAGUCCCCCCUCCCGGACUCGGUGGUGGAGAAGCUGAAGGCCUGGAACAGGCUGGACUGGGAAAUCUACACGCACUUUAACAGGACCUUCUGGGCGAGGAUCGAGCGCCACAUCGGCCGGGAGCGGCUGCGGCGGGAGGUGGCGGCGCUGCGGCGGCGGCAGGCGGAGCUGGCCCGGGCCUGCCUGCAGGGCACGGGCAGCGUGGCCCCCAAGGACAUCAAGGACUCUUCCCUGCGGCCGCUGCAGCACGGCGGGGCCCGGAUCCUGGGCUAUAACCUCAAGCAGGGCUUGGCUCCGGAGCUGGAGCGGACCUGCCGGCGGCUGGUGACGCCGGAGCUGCAGUACAGCAGCCUCCUCUACAGGAAGCAGUUCCCCGGGCCCGCUGCCUCCCGAGCCCCGCCGCAGCGCCCGGGAGCCACCCGAAACUGAGCCCCCGAACCCUCGGGCAUCCUCCGUCUGUGAGCGCAGCGAGGCUCGGCCCUCCCGGCCGGGGCUGCCCUGCCCCGGCAGCCGCGGAGCCUCCGUCCCUGCCCCGCUGGGCGACAGCACGGGCGCUGCCGGGGCAGCACGGGCCGCUGAGCGGCUCCCGGCGGCUGCACGGGGCUCGUCCCGAGGGAAAACCCCCUCCCGAGACAGCAGCCCGAGCCUCGGGACAGCACCGGCUCCAGGAGCCAGGAGCCGGUCCGGGAGGGCAGCCCAGAU